AUAUCACCGAUCAGUGACAUGAUGGAAUGUGGCAACUCGUGACAAUGGUUUGCCUACAGAGGGAAAAUAAGGUGGUCCUCGCUUGACGGCCAGCACACCGCCCUUCCUCUUUCAGUAGCACGGAAGCCGCCGCCUCGGGGCCACGCUAGCCAAUCUUCUGCCCCGCAGCGCCCCAGACCUGCCCCAACGGGUACCGCGAAGGCCGCGCGUGCGUCAUGGUGAGGUGACACUACUUCCCAGUGCCAAGGACUGCCACUUGUGUGACUCGAGAACAGACUAGUUCUACUUCGUGUCCUGGACUUUAAAAAGACAGAGGCAUGGCACUCGAUACCAGAAUGUUUCGGUGGCCGAACCCGAUGUCCUUCAGCGACUUGUGUGGCGAGAACUUUAACGAGACAGCAGAAAAUAAUCCACGGCUCGAGGAAUACCUGGAUGCUUACAGUGACAGCUGUGACACGCCCUCCCCAAGCCCUGCCAGCGAGGAGGCGCCCCCGAGCCCCGCCCACCAGCGAUACCCUCACACGGACGCUUCGACCCCUGUAUAUACUGACCUCUCCAAUCCCGCACAGAACUCCUACACCUCACAAGGUUAUUAUGACAAUAGGAGUUAUAGCACCGAUCACGAAGCAGGCAGAGGACAAGUGCAGCAGAUGACGCAGCAAGAGUUUGCACCUUUCACACCCAAUGACGGCACCGUUACACAGGUUAAUUAUGAAAACUUCUGGCCUUCCAGUGCAGCGACUCAGGUACACGCCCCUUCUCAUCCCAGCACCUACCAGCCAGCCGGAAACACGACACCUGAUGUCCGUCCCCAGGUUCUUCUACACUCCCAAACUAUCUUCGAUCGCAAAUGCCUUAGGAUAAGACGAAGGCAAUCAAAGUUCGUGACUGGAGAAGUAAAGAAGAAGCGACGUCUUCAGGCUAACGCAAGAGAACGGCGGCGCAUGAAUGGCCUGAACAACGCUUUCGAAAGGCUGCGGGAGGUAGUGCCGGCACUUGGAAAUGAUAGAAAAUUAUCCAAAUUUGAGACGCUACAAAUGGCGCAGACCUACAUCACCGCCUUAGCCGAACUACUGAAAAGGGACAAGCUGGCCACCUCAGCGGCCUCCUCAGCAUCGUGUUUACAUUAGUGCCGGUGUAAUGUUCCGUGGGAGGUCACCACCAACUCCAAGGUUGGACCCUAUCUAACCUGGGGUUGAGCGUCCGCCAUGGGGUUAGUCACACGUUCAGAAACUCACUGCUCACCCCGGGGCCCACGCUGGAGUCUGCCACUCAUCCUCGGGUACGUCGCUCACGCUUACGCUCUGGGUUCCACGGUCUUCCUUGCUGCUCUCCACCCAGACCAUUACGGGCAUCUCAGCUUUCCCUAAGGCUCAUUAUCGAUCAUCCUAAAGUUCACCAUCCACUCUCGGGUUCAAUGUUCAUCGUAGACUGCCACCCUUCUCUCUCCUUGGGCAGCCCCUCACCAUGAGGCCCAUCACCUGCCCUGGGGUACACUGAACGCACUGCCAUCCACCACUUACCCGAGGGACUUUUAUCCACCCCAGGGGCCGCCUAUCACCAUCACAGAUGUCAACCAUCCAGCCAAGGCUUCAUCGACUAUUCUGGGAUCAAGUACCCACCGUGGGGCUAAGCGCUCACUGUGGAGACUACAGGCUAUCCUGGAUCCUACUAUCCCUUGCUGCAUUCCAAGACCUACCCUGGAGCCAAUCACCCACCCUGACGUCCACCAUCCACCCUAGGAUUCACAGUUAACCGUGAAGACCAUCGUGCGCUAAUGCACCAGCCCAUGGUGCACUCCUCAUCCUGGUUUCUACUGCUCCAGCCUGAACUCGACCCCUCACCGUAUCGUCCACCAACUACCAGACCGCCACACGAGGCUCAGGUUUUCAGCCCGCACAAUGACGUCCACCGCUCACGCAGUUGACGACUGUCCUUCCUGCAUCAUCAGGGUACUUCUUUAAUCAAUGAUCAUUUCAAAGUUCUCACCGUCGAACCUAGUAGUCUACGUCCACCUCUCAUUGCAGAUUUAAUAUUAUGCCAUUAUCUCAUUGUCACGCUAUUUAUCAGUUAGUUGGAGUUAGGUAGUCGUAGCUGGAGGCGGUGCAGCCCCGCCCGCGGUGGCGGCGCUGGUCACCUUUACAGUCCUUCACCCUCCGGAUUGCCCUUAUAUACGUAGCAUUCUAAGUCAAGGCUCUCACUGCCCUGUCACGACGACCUGUGGCAUAACGAGAUGUGUGAGACAGAGAGAAAGGCAGAGAGAGAGAGAGAGAGAGAGAGAGAGAGAGAGAGAGAGAGAGAGAGAGAGAGAGAGAGAGAGAGAGAGAGAGAGAGAGAGAGAGAGCACAGACACACAAAAAAGACAAAUAAACAGAUACCGACACACACACACACACACACACACACACACACACACACACACACACACACACACACACACACACACACACACACACACACACACA